ACUAUCCGUUGGACGGCGCUAUCAUGUCGGCUCGCAUUAUGUCUCUACACAGAUGUUGCCAGCGGUCGGCUCUUCUCAUCAUUGGCAGGCGGCCGCACAGCUCCAAGUCAGCGUCUCCGCCUCCUCUGCACACCAGGCUUCUCCUCUUCCUCACCCAGCGUUUCUACGAGGUGGAGGAUCUCCUGAGCUGGAGGUCUCUGCGGAAGAGGAAGAGCAUUCAGAAGAAGCACGCUUACUAUGGCUACACUCAGAAGUUUUAUGGGCCAGACAUAGCAGCAGCAUAUUAUGUCUUGAGUAUGGAGGGAGGAUUUAGGUAUGCUGGCCAGUCAGAGUGGUUCCGUACAGACCAGAAGGGCAACUUUAAUUGGGACUUCUUGAAUUACAAAGACACACCCUUAGAGGAAGUAAACAUGAGCUCCACACUCAUCAACUACAGAGGACUGAAGAACCUGGAGGGGCAGCGAUCUUUGCGGACUCUGUCAUUACGAGGAUGUCCUGAAGUGGACGACUGGUUCCUGGCCAGGCUCCAUUUAUUUCAGGACUCCCUGGAGGAAUUGGACAUCUCUCACUGUCCACGCAUCACUAUAGGCGGCCUGGCAGCACUCAGGAAUCUCAAAGGACUACAACGCCUAGAUGUGUCAUCCCUCCCUGGGAUCUCAUGUCCUGGGUUGGUCAUUAUCCUGCUGGAGGAGAUGUUACCCCAGUGCCAGAUCACAGCUGCUGGCUACGACUUCAGCCUGAGGCAGGAGAGAGGAGAGGGGUACGAGGAGCAAAUGCAAGAGCAGAGGUAGGGCAUGGACCGGCAUGGAGUUCAGAAAGAGACCUCUAAGAGAGCGCUCCUGUCAGUUCACCGUAGCCUGACAGAAAGGACAGUGAUGGAGCAAAGAGACGUACAGAGGAAACACCUGACAUAAGAACAGGGGAGGCCGUGAGUCAGAUUUUUGCAGCAACGCAGCCAUCACAGCUUGUUUUCAGUUUUGGACCACACCAGUGUCCGCUAACAUCAAGUCUUGAUGAACCUGCUAAAAACUCAUAUUUGAUUGGACAGUGGCAUCAUCCAAUUAGAUAUAAGCACAUUAAGAAAAAAGAAUACAGCAAGCGUGGCACAAAAAUGUUCUGUCUGAAGUUUCGUUUGAAAUUUUUUUUUUUUUUUUUUUUUUGCCAUUGUCAUCUCUGGUGUGCGUAUAUCAUCGCAGUCUGCUUGUAUUCUUCCAGAAUCAACUUGUUGUCAUGUGUGCACAUUUAUGAUGCAAAAUCAUGUCUGUGUGAAGCUAGUUA